AUGACCGAGACGACGUACCGUGCCAACUGCCACUGUGGCAAGUUUGUCUACGAGGUGACGCUGCCGGAGCCUCUUUCCAAAGGGUUAGUCUGCAACUGCAGCAUCUGCCGUCGCAAGGGCUAUGUCUUUGUCUUCCCGCCCAAGGACAGCGACAUCAACAUUGUCAAGGGCAGCAUCGACGACCUCGAGUCGUAUACCUUUGGCAAGAAGGCGUUCAAUCACAAAUUCUGCGGCGACUGCGGCUCGCCCCUCAUGAUUGUGCCCAGCGACAGCACCAUGGGCAAGGGCUUGAACGCGCGCUGCUUCCAGGGCCCGGUCGACGUCUGGGCCCUCGAGAAGACCGCCUUUGACGGCGCCGCCCUGGAUCCCAAGUUUGAGCCUUUCCCGUUUACCGGCACCGAGCCCACGGGCGCGCCCCAGGGCGAUGGCUCCGCCACGCCGCGCAUCUACCAUGGCAGCUGCCACUGCGGCGCCGUGCGCGUGGCCUUGCGCUCGCAGCCGCUGGACGAGACGCUGGACCGCGAGAAGCACGGCGACCGCGUCGUCGAAUGCGACUGCAGCAUCUGCCAGCGCAACGGCUACCGCUGGUUCUACCCCACGGCCGACCAGGUCUCGUUCCAUGACCCGGACAACAACCUCAAGUUUUACACGUUCGGCAAGUUCAUCAACAAGAAGAGCUUCUGCAAAAUCUGCGGCGUCUCCUUGUCCAACCCGCCCACAAACCUGUCGGACGAAGAGAUUGCCAAGCUGCCACCCGAUGCGCAGACCGAGACGAGCGCUGCCUGGCGCAAGCGCAUUGUCAACUCGUGCCCUAUCAACACGCGUGUUCUGUACGACGUGGACAUUGACAAGCUGCCCGUCAAGUAUUCUAAUGGUUACACCCAGAUUCGCCCCGAGUACGUCAACCCUUAG